UACCACUAAAGUUAUUCACGAGAAGUCCGCCGAAACAAAAACUUAUCUAGGAUCAAUUUAAAUCGAAAUCCGUUUAAAAAUGUUUCAAGACCUAGUGAUGGACGGAUUAACUCCACUAUGUAACACGAAUGAGAUUAAAAACUGGGACAACAGACCUUUCAAUGGGAUGUGGCCUGAAAGUCAACGUAGCUGCGUCCGAGGUUCUGAAGUCAAAAGAACAAUCAGAAAGAAACCCAAGCGAGUUCGCACAGCCUACUCAACCGACCAGCUUCGAGCGCUGGAGAAGAUAUAUUCCACCACCAAAUACAUCGACGCCAAGAAGCGCAGGGAACUCGCAAGCACCCUCAACAUUGAAGACAAGGCGCUCAAAAUAUGGUUCCAGAACCGAAGAAUGAAGGAAAAGAGGGAAUCAUCAGAAUCUAGCUGCGACACCUCAUCUGAAAAUGUAAGCUGUCAGUCUCCGAACUCUCCAGUUCAAGCCAAUGAGUGCUUGGAGCAAAAUGUCAAUACUAACAUUCCCUACCAAAACGGAGUCUCUUACGAACCUGAUCAGUACCAGUUUCCUGCUUUCUAUUACCAAGAUAGCACAGCUGAAUAUUAUCAAAAUGGAUACAAUGGAUAUGGAUAUGAGCCACAGUCUCCCAGUUUCGGUGUUGAUACUUGUGUUUAUCCGACUCAGUAUUACUCUGUAUACAACCAGUAUAACAAUGAAGAAUUCAACGCUUACGAAUAUAACCAAGCUCAAAAUGCUGAGAUGGACAAUUGGUUAGCCAAGUCUUAUGAUUUUAACUGCUAUAACUUGCAACAAGCUUAACUUGUUUUAACUACAAAAGUAGAAGUAGUAAGUCCUACCAGUGAUUUUUUUUUACUUUACGUGUACAUUUUAUAAAUAUUUGCGUUACCAUUUGUUUAUCGUCACGAUUCAUUUUGGUGAAUUAUU